CUACCAGCCAAUCAGAUCAGCUGCUUUCCUGCACACUGUUAAAGUGUAUGAACUGCAACGCAGCAACACUGAGAAACAUGAAAACAUGGCCGUCCUUCACUCUCGAUACGGACUUAAAACUCUCCCUUAAAUCAGCAGCCAUUUUCUCUUAGCUCAGCUACCUCGUAUCAGGUUUAAAAUGGCCGCUGAGCUGUGAGGAAAUGAGCUCUGCAGCAGGGCACGGGCGGUGAGGAGAACCACUAAAACACCUCCAACCCCAACACUGAGACAGACAGGAGGAGGAGAGGGAGAGAGCGGACGAGAGAGGAAGGGAACUGACUGACAGAAAGAGAGAGCGAUAGAGUGAUGAAGGGAGAGAAAGACAAACAGAAGAGAAAGAGAGAAAAGGUCAGUCAGGUUUGUGGCAGCUGAGCUGGUCGUGUUUGCUUCUGCAUGCCGGACAUUCAAUGUGCAAAACUUAGGCCAAACAGCACGUCCAGACACCAGAUGAUGGUGGUCCACCCCAGCACUCACGGGAUGAUGGACAGUUCCCAUCCCCACCUGGUCCUCACUCGGCUCAGCGAACAGCGCUCGCGUGGCCUGUUCUGUGACGUCACCAUUGUUGUGGAGGACAUAAAAUUCCACGCUCACCGGAAUGUCCUGGCUGCCACAAGCGGAUAUUUCCGCAAUGCUUUCACAGCCUCAGAGACCUGUGUGUCCAGCCAGGUGGUGGAGCUUCCAGACCUGAAGUCCGACGUGUUUGCCAGCAUUCUCAACUUCAUUUACUCUUCCAAGGUGGAGUCAGCCAGCACGGAGGACAACAAGUCUCUAGUGGCCGCCGGUAAAAAGUUAGGAAUCCCAUUUCUAGAGAAGCUACUAGAGAUUGGAAAACAGGAGCCUGAAGCGUUCCAAAACCAGACCUCUGCUAACUCAGAAAGCUCUUCUAAUCAGCCAAAACUUUCUGGACCUUGCACUCUAAAGAAGGAGACACCACGGCUUGAGGAGCAGGACUGCUCCAAAGGCCCACGAAUAACUAACGCUUUCUCCAUCACAGAGGUGACAUCAGCCAACCCGUUUACCCCAAUGGAAUUGCACAGUAAUGGCCCCCAGUCACAAGACGUGGGGCACCAUCUGUCUGGCUGCUCAGCACCAAACAUGCCAGCUUUAGAAAGUGACCCCCUGUCUGAACCCACCCAUGCCCUGUCUGAACAUUCAUAUGCCGUGAGCAAAGGUCAUGAGACUUCUGACCUUAAAGAGGGAGCGCAGUUAUGUGAUAAAGGGGGAACCAAGCCUGUGUUGAUACCACCUAAGACUCCGACCAACCACAGGCUUGGUCCCAUUAAGAAGCGCCACAGACUUUGCAAGGGGAUGAUGGCCUCCAUUUCUAAUGAAACAAGUGUACCUGAUCAGAAUCCCGUUAGCAGCCCAGGGAUACAAAAGACCAACCCUGAUCCAUCAUCCUCACUGCAGUCUUCAGACACUGCGACUGACCAUUGCUCUGCCCCAAACUUGUUGCCCCCACCUGAAGUGACAUCCCCACAAGAUGCUGACCCACCUUCCUUAAUUCCUGAAGAAAUACCAACUUACAGCUGCCAGCAAUGUCCUGAAACUUUCAGCAACUCUGCACUUCUCAACAUCCACAUGCAAAUCCACAAGAGAAGAUUUGUCAGUCAUUUGUUUUGCAAGUACUGCCAAAAAAAGUUCAUGCACUUGAAAAGGUUGCGAAAUCAUGAACAAGUGUGUUUGAAAGGCCCACCUGAGCUGGAACUGAACAGCAAAGAGGCUCCAGUCAGUCUAGAUUUGGAUAAUACUCCUGGCGUGGAUGAUACAGCUUUCCCAAUUCCUGAUCUUCGAGACCCUCCAAUGCUGACAAGCCCAUUGGAGAUGCCUCAGAACGGAAUUACUAAGCCGAGCGGUGGUCAGCGGGUAUAUAAAUGCUCCGUUUGCAAACGAGCCUAUGUGACUCUGUCCAGCCUAAAAAGACAUGAGAAUGUGCAUUCAUGGCAGAGAGCCUAUCCUUGCCACUAUUGCAAUAAGGUUUUCGCCUUGGCAGAAUACCGUACCAAACAUGAGAUCUGGCACACAGGGGAGCGACGCUAUCAGUGCAUUUUCUGUUUGGAGACCUUCAUGACUUAUUACAUCCUCAAGAACCACCAGAAGUCCUUCCAUGGCAUUGAUCCACGUCUUGCUGCAAAUAAAAAAUCUGCAAACGGUGGUUUCAAGGGAAGCGUCUACCCCAUAAAGCUCUAUAGACUUUUACCAAUGAAGUUCAGGAAGAAAAGAUACAAGUCUUACAGUCAGACUUACUCCGACAUCAUGGACAACCACGAACAGUCCUUCACUGCUCCACUAGACACCAACUCACCAACUGCUCCACUUGAAGGUGCAGUGCCUGCAGGUGAUCCCGACAGCGUCGUUAGUGGUCAGUCGUUAUUUUCAAUGCCUGUGACCUUCAUGGCGACCCCAAAGAUGGUGGCUUCAGAAAUGCCUCGCAUUUCCUUUGACCAACCAUGUGACCAAAACAUAGAUCUGCCCUUAACUUAUGAAAAUAUGCCCUGUACACAAGGUGGGGGCUUGCACUCUACUAAUACACAUAGAAAAACUGGGCUGCCAGGCUUUGAAGGUACUGGGUCACCUGUUUUCAGCUAUGGGUACGGCACUUCAGUGACGUCACAGGAAAACGCGGGGUCCUCCAUGUUAAUGCACGGAAAUAACACAUCUUCCACACAAAACAGCAGCAACGCAAACAGAGACGUUAUGCCGUUCCUCAACAUUCCACCUGUCUGCUCAUUUGAGGGCUUGAGUAAACUUAGCGAGUUAUCAGCUGCAGCACAAACCAUUGAGGCAAUGGCUAACCAGCUUCUUCAACCACAGCCAGAGAGGACACAGAACCUGAGCCCUGGUGGAAAGACAGAAACGUACAUCGCCAAGCCUGCUUGUCCUGGUCCAUCGAUCAAUAACCAAGUUUUGCCCUUGUGCCAGAUAACUGUGAAAAUCGGCAACGAGGCCAUUAUUCGGCGCAAAAUUAAGGGCUCAAAGCUGUUCCCGAAGAAGAAAAAGAGGAGAAGCUGGAAGCAAGUGGAAGAUCCAAGCAGCCCAGCAGAAGAUGGUAUAGGAUGCCCAAGCCUGCGUCUACGGGCAGAGGUUACAACAUCGGUCACGGAUAACGAGCCAUAUGAUGAUGUGAACGAUCCUGAAAAUGACAAACCGUGGCGUCCGUAUUACACAUAUAAACCAAAAAAGAAGGGCAAAAAGUUAAGAUCCAGACAGAAAAGGAUGAAGGCAGUUCAGUACUACACAAAGCCCCUCUCGCCUGAACCAGACGAUGACUUCGCAGAUGCAGACCGCAGUCCAGAGAAACGUCUCCCGGCAGAAAACCCGGAGUCCAGGAGGCAGCUGAGGAGUCACAGCCCGAGGGAAGCGUUCCCCUGCAACAGCUGCGGCAGUUCCUUCUCCUCUCCGAGCUCUCUCAGCAUGCACGUGGUCAGCUGCCAUCAGCCUCACUGCAAGACGUGUGGUAAACAGUGUCCCUUCGAGAAGCUUCCUAGCACAGAUGCUUCACUCACAGGGAACGGUAGUGACUUUGUCUGCCAGAGCUGCACUGAGGAUGGUUCCUGCUUUAGCUCGGACGUGGCAGCCCACAGCCUGAGCAGUGAGAAACGCUACCGCUGCUCCUACUGCCCACAGCGGUUCCUGUACCUCGCCACCAAGAAGAGCCACGAGGCAAAACAUCUAGAGAAGUCCAGCAAGGGGCGCAACUAUCGGUACUGCUCAAAGCCCUGCAAGCCUGCAGCACUGCUGAGCAUGAAUGAGACCAAGCACUUCAGUAAGGCUGCAGUAGUUAGAGAGCCAGAUAACACUGAGAUUAAAGGCACUGUGGGGUCAUAUUCCCCUCUUUCAGAAAGCAAAGAGAUGCCCAAGCCUGAGUCAUGGGGAAGCCCUCAAACUCCAAAAACAGAGAAAGCAUCAGACUCGGACACUGAGGGGAUUUAUCAGAAACUCCCCCACAUUCAUAAGAAAACAUCCCUAUCGUUUCCUUUUAAAAGCGACAGGCCUUUUUCACCCCUCCUCACAGAGAUGCACAGGAGAAAGUCUAAGAAAAGGCACUUUCUGGAGCGUUCUAAAGACUUCGGCCUGGACGGGCACAGACAGGACUCCGAGACACAGGGCCAAAAGGGCCGUCUGCCCAGCACUGCAACAAACAACCAUCUCAGCACUUCCAGAAUCUUUCCGGCGUGUCUGACGAGAGUGCCCGUCACCAAGGGAGCCUCUCUGCACUCGCCCAAGUCAGAGUGGCGUUUGUGCAAAGAGGAACCUUUCUUUCACGCCCACGACUGAUUGUGCAGGAAGGAAGCACAUCGUCUGUUGAUGUCACGUAGUAAACUGAAAUGACGUUAAUGAGAACGACUGCCUCGCAAUAUUAAUCUCACACUUUUGAAGUGUAAAACGAAAGUGUUGUUAUCGUCACUUUACAACUGAGCACUUGUAAGACAGCCGUGUAAAUAUAGAGUAUUUUUGUUCAUUCACACAAAAAAA